UUUCUAAACCUAGUCUAUAUAGAUUGAAUGUACAGACUUAAUUUAGCCAAGAGAGUUGCUAAUUGAUAUAAGCUGUGUGCUACGCAGAGGAGGAACUUUGGGAUGAUGAAAACAACCUGUUUUAGACCUCAGCCAUAUUUGUUGAAGCAUAGUGCGAUGGGGAUGGGAUCGAAUCCGAGAUUUGGCUUCUCUACGGGCAUGCAGAAAGGGACUAAGGUAACACCAAAAAUCUUGUGUGAUAUUAUUGGAGCUAAGUAUUACCUCCAUAAUGAAGAGAUUGAUAUGUCAAUGGACACCCAGGUCAGGCUUUUUGAUGAAAAUGAUACUCAUCUCGGUAUCGUCACCCUAGCUGAAGCCAGAGAUAAGGCAUCUGAGUUAGGAAUUGAUCUCGUUGUCAGGAAUCAAAAAUUGAGUCCUCCUAUCUUAAAAAUUAUGAAUUACAGGAAAGAGCUCGUUAAAAGACUUUUCCAAAAGAUUGGAAGAGAAGCCGCACUUAAAACGGAAGAUCCCAAAAAUAGGAAGACUAUCCAGAUGACUACAAUGAUUUCUGUGCAUGAUCUUGAGAACAAGAAGAGGCAAGCCAUUCAAUUUUUGAAGAAAUAUCCUUCUCUAAAUUUCAAUAUGAGAGUUAACAAAUAUGAUCCAGAAAAUGUACAAAAGGGGAAAAUCAUGCUUAUGAACAUUGCUGAAGAGCUCAAAUCUUACGCCAAAGUUAAGGUAUCUCCAGUAGAAGAAGAGGAGAAAGAAGAUGCCCCUCCAGCACAAGCAGAUACCUCCAAAACCUUAGAAGAAAGAAUUUUGGAGAACAAAAAGAUCGUCGAAGAAGCAAGAGCUGAGCACGAAAUCCAGGAAGACUAUGUUGAAGACGAUGAGGAAGACAACUUCACGACUGUCAAGAUGGUUCUUGAAUCAACAGUGUGCUUUGGAGAAGUAGAUAUUGACACCCUCCUUGAGAACAGUACUAUGGAAGAACUCAUGUCAAAUCUUCCAAUCGGAAAAUUGCAGACUGCUGAAGAAGCAGAGACUGCUGCUGAAGAAGAAAUUGAAGCUAAGAAGUAUAAGGGAAGCAGGCCAGAACUUAUCUUCCAAAGCGAACAACAAAAUCUUAUGUCAAAAGCUCAGGGAAGAAUGUCCCUCAAGAAAAAGCUGAAGGAAAAAUCCCUUAUCUUUGAUGAAGAGGAUGAAUUAACAGACGAGGAGGAAUCUGAAGAGGAGCUCUUUGAAGAAGAUUUCAAAAAGCUCGAAGAGAAGGAUGAAAUGAGGGAAUUCCACAAACUCUGUAAAGAGGGUCAAGAAUUUUGUAGAAAGGCCUUUGAUGCUACCAAUAACCCCCUUGGGUUCUUCAAUUUCAGAGGAGUCGAAAAAGAAGAUGAUGGAACAAAGUAAACUU